AUGGGAGGCCAGCAAUCGGACGCGAAAACAAAGCGCGUGGCUUUGGUCUGCACCUCGGCGAGCGCCAUGGGCGAACACGCCACCGGGGCGUGGCUAGAGGAGAUCGCGACGCCGUACUACGCCAUGAUCGAUGCCGGGGUUGACGUGGACGUGAUCUCCAUCGCGGGCGGUUCUAUUCCCUUAGACGCCGCGUCGUUAUCGGGAGAUUUCUUCACCCCGGACUGCGACAAGUUCACCAAGGAUGAGACGGCGCAGAAGGCGAUGAAGAACUCCACCGCGCUCGCAAAGGUGAAAGCGAGCGAUUACGACGGCGUCUACCUCGCGGGCGGACACGGGACGUGCGAAGACUUUUACAAGAACGACGCGCUGACGGCGUUCAUCGACGCAUUCGUCGCCGCGGGGAAGGCUGUGGCGGCCGACUGCCACGGCCCGAUCGCUUUACUCACGUGCAAAAAGCCGGACGGCACGCCUCUGGUCUCGGGCGCCAAGGUCACCUGCUUCACGGACUCUGAGGAAAACGCCGUCGGCUUGGCGGAGAAAGUGCCGUGUCUCGUCGAGACUGAGAUGAAAAAGUUGGGAGCCAAGUUUGAAGGUACCGCUGAUUGGACACCGAACGCGGUGACGGAUGGAAAACUCGUCACGGGUCAGAACCCGGCGUCCAGCAAGGCGUGCGCGGACGCCUUCUUGGUGAUAUUGUAA